UCGGUGGAGAGGGGUUCUGUUGGACGUCCGUCUCGCCUUACAUCGCCACAAGACAGAUCUCCCAUAAACCACGCAACUCCUUUUCCCAUCUCCUUUUGUUCGUUUUUCUCCCCUCCCUGUCUUCCUGCCCAACUCCCCACCCAUCUGAUCAAAGGCACGAAUCCAUCUCUCUGGCGAAGAAUUCGCUUCACUAAAUCUCGAGUAGAAUCAGAUUCAGAAGAUCGAGAUGUGAAAAGUGAUGGGUGAAGAAGCAGUUUUUGGCUCGCCAACUUCUAUGCGACUUCUUGAGGUGAUCGAUACCCUCUUAAGGAUCAUACUGAUGUCUUAUUACACCUGAGGCCAGAUUGAGGACAGAGCAAAGAUGGGAGAAUGGGUUAUUGGAGCAAUUAUUAAUCUCUUCGGUAGUCUUGGCAUAAAUUUUGGAACAAACCUCUUAAAACUGGGUCACAAUGAGAGAGAACGACUUGCUGUUCUGGAUAGAAGUGGGAGUGGUGAAAAACUUGUUAUGAAGCCAAUAAUAUGUUUUCAAACAUGGCGAGCAGGCCUGCUGAUUUUUGCUCUGGGAAACUGCCUGAAUUUCAUCUCCUUUGGUUAUGCAGCACAGUCACUUCUUGCCGCACUUGGGUCAGUUCAGUUUGUAUCCAAUAUUGCUUUUGCAUAUUUUGUGUUAAAUAAAACAGUCACGCAAAAGGUAGUAGUGGCCACUGCUUUUAUAGUUCUUGGGAAUCUUUUUCUUGUUGCUUUUGGAAAUCACCAAUCUCCUGUUUACACCCCUGAGCAGCUGGUGGAAAAGUACAGCAACCUCAUAUUCCUUUUCUAUCUUCUGAUUUUGAUGUUCAUCGUUGGAAUAGCUCAAUACACAUAUAGGAGGGCUGAACUUUCACUUUCAGUUUUUAGUUUUGACCUUAGUCCAUACUGGCAUACACUGCUGCCUCUGUCCUAUGCUAUUGUUUCAGGAGCGAUAGGGUCAUGCUCAGUGUUGUUUGCAAAGUCACUAUCCAACCUGUUGAGGCUGACAAUGAGUAGCCGCUAUCAGUUGCAUAGCUGGUUUACAUACUCCAUGCUGUUAUUUUUUCUCAGUACGGCAGGUUUCUGGAUGGCCAGGUUAAAUGAAGGAUUAGCACUAUUUGAUGCAAUACUUAUAGUGCCGAUGUUCCAGAUUGCCUGGACCUUCUUCUCCAUCUGUACAGGUUUUGUAUAUUUUCAAGAAUACCAGGUUUUUAAUUCAUUAAGGGCAACAAUGUUUCUACUUGGGAUGAUGUCAGUAUUUAUAGGCAUUUCCUUGCUUGCACCAGAGGAUUCUAAAGGCAGUGAAACCAAGGAUUCUGCUCCUAUAGGUUCUAAAUCAAGUGUUGCUGCAAGCAUGAAGAACAGGUCAGUUCCUUCAUCUCCAGAUGAUGCAGAAAUCAGAGACAUUAGGUCACUGGGGCAGGCAGUACUGUCAAGGGCAAAAACAAUUGCAGUCAAGGCAAAGACUGCGUGUACGCUUUCCCUAGGUCUUGGUGAGGACCAGAUAAGUGCAUCUUCAGUGCUUGCAAUGCCUAUGGUUUCCUCAAAGAUGACUGGGUUCAGGGGUGCAAAUUUUGAUCGUGCAAAACUGUAUGCCCUAUCAAACCCUGAUUGGAGCAGGCCUACAGCCGAUGAAAACAAUUCAGAUCUGGAGACUAGUUCUCUGCUUUCACAAAGAUGAGGCAAGAAGUAGUGAUGAAGAUGUACAGCUGAUUUUUCAUCAACUACUGAUUCGUGUUGGAAAACUGUUCCAAGUCUUGUAUUUUUUGAAGAUCAGUUGCUAUAAUUGUUCAAAUUCUUGUUUAACGAGUAGUAUAAUGAGAAAUGAAGUUGUUAUAUUUA